UCAAUGUAGAGCCAAUCAGGUAUGAUUAAUAAAGUCUAAAAUCAGCUUACCUUUUUUCAUCAAUAUUCUGUGAAUGAAAAAUGUCGACCGAUGAGAAUAAAUAUACUUUCGAGCUUUGCAAACGUAGAGGGAUAAAGGCCAAGCUGCAUCCCAUCGUUACCGACUUCAAGCUGUUGAAAGUCAUGACAGUAAAGAAGAAUACUGAAGCACGAAGCAAAGCAACGAGGCAAAAAUUCAGAGAAGUUCCCUUGAAAGGUUUGGGUGAUGAAUAUAUUCAGCAACAUGCUUUAUACCCUAAUCAGAAUUAUACAUACGAACAGUCGCUACAGAGGUAUCGGAACUUCUUCAUGACUAGGCCAUUGAUGAGGUGCCUAGAGAGCGACGAGAAUGUCGACGAAAAACUGGUUGGUGCAUUCGCUUCAAUUUGCCUUUGUGCGACAGAUAUAUUGGGGCAAGCCUGACUAACUUCAAUAUCCAUGAUCUAGGGAAACGAACUUCUGACGAGAUUACGGGAGGAAGUGCGGAGAAUGCCACCAAGUAAACCAGCCCGACCUGGUAAACAAAUAACUUGUGACGACUACCGCGGAGAACUUCAAAGCAGAGCAUUUUGGGAUAAUGUUAGACUGCAGCUCCAAACUGAUGAAGAUGAUAACAUUGAUGAUAGCAAAUCAAAAAACCCGUUCGAAGAAGAGUCUACAGAUAAGAAAAUAACGGGCCAUGUGAAAGCAAAAGCCCGAGGACUUCGAUCUUUGAAAUUGGUAACGAAGGUAUAUGGACGUCGUGAUGAUAUGAGAUUAAGUAAAUGGCAAGGAGCAAUAGGAACAGGAAGUCUUCAUGGAAUUAGUUUUCGCUACAACAAAUAACCAAUUGGUGUCACGACCCCAGGAAUUUUAGCUUCAAAGGGCCUCGGCAAGUUC